UUUUUGUAUUUGAAUUAUUGUUAUGUCUUUUGAUGACCACAUUGUUGAACGUUAUGUAUGUUAAACACGUGAUAUGUUUGCCAUUGGAAUGUAAUGUAAUGUAUGUAUAGUUGUAUUGAAUAUAACAUUCAAUGACUGAAUCUCUUGAUAUUUGUUACCAAAUAAGUCGUGAAGAAGUGAUUCACAGAUUGUUUUUAAUUGUAUUGAUAUUAAGUGACCAUUGAAUUGAUUUUUGACGACCAUUUGAUCCAAUUGUUUAACCGAAGACAGUCUUUUCUUUUGGAUAAUUUUAUUCAUUUUAUAAGCAUUUUAAGAUAUUGUUGUUUUGAAGAUAUAUUAAUACAUUUGAUCUCAAUUUUGGUCACUAUUUAACAUUUACCGAAUAAUAUUGUUAUUAAUUGUUUGAUUAUCACAAUUAAUAUUUUUAAUUUAAUUAAUAAACAUUAAAGUAACCGAUUUAAGUAAUUAUUGACCAAAAAUGAUGGACCCGAGUAUUGGUUGGUUUCAAGACGAGCACAAAGGGCCGGCACUCGACCUCUGGAAGGAUAUAUGGCAUCAAUCGAAUCCAACGGCCGAAAGACAGCCAGACUUUAUUCCCUUCGGUGAUGAGCCCAAUGAUGGCAAUACUGUAGUUAAAGUGUCGACAAACCAAACUAAUGUCAUCAAUGGAAAAACUAAUUCAAACGUUAGCCACAAUUCAGUGACCAAUUCGGUGGCCAACGGCACGCAAAUACAAGUAAAACGUGUUCGCCGUGAAAAUCCGGCCUCGACUUACAAUUUGAAUGAUAAUCAACAGUUAAUUGCAAAAUAUUUGGGAACGCCUUGGCGUCGACUUCGGCAACAUUACGAACCAGGAAUUAUUGGUUUGCAUCAAGAAAUUGAAGACUUUUAUAAUUACAUGAAACCAACGGCUUGUGAACACCAAAUGAGAGAAGAUGUGGUUAAACGUAUCACUAAAGUGGUGACUGAUGUAUGGCCUCAAGCAAAAGUUGACUACUUUGGCUCUUUCAGAACUGGUCUUUAUUUACCAACCAGUGAUAUAGAUAUGGUUGUCGUCGGAAAGUGGGAGUCAAUACCAUUGUUUACAUUAGAGAAGAAGUUAUUAGAGUCAGGAAUUGUUGACGAAACGACUAUUAAAGUUCUGGACAAAGCUUCGGUUCCUAUUAUUAAAUUAACUGAUCUAAAGACUAAUGUUAGGGUCGAUAUUAGUUUUAAUACAUCAAAUGGCAUCAAAAGUGCUAAACUUAUUAAACAUUUUAAAAAGCAAUUUCCAAAUCUCCCAAAAUUGGUAUUAGUUUUGAAACAGUUUUUGCUUCAAAGAGAUCUGAAAGAAGUGUUUACCGGUGGAAUCAGUUCUUAUUCAUUGAUUUUAAUGGUUAUAAGUUUUAUUCAAUUGCAUCCCAGGAAUGACGCUCAAAACCUGAAGGCCAACUUAGGAGUGCUUUUAUUGGAAUUUUUUGAACUUUACGGCCGAUGUUUUAACUAUUAUCGCGUCGGUAUUCGUAUCAAAGAUGGCGGCUCUUAUGUCGCCAAAAGUGAUAUUCAGAAGCAAAUGGAUCCGGAUUACAGACCUUCUAUAUUAUGUAUUGAAGAUCCUUUGAACCCGAGUAAUGAUAUUGGAAAGAGUUCUUAUGGCGCUAUAAUGGUUAAACACGCCUUUGAAUACGCUUUCGAUGUCUUACACCAAGCGGUGGGACCUUUGAGUGCAACAGUCGAUCAAAACCAAAGCAUUUUAGGUCGCAUUAUAAGAGUUACCGAUGAAGUGGUUGACUAUCGCGAAGAGAUUAGUAGAAGGUUUACAUUACCAAAGAAGAACUCAAUUACUUCUUUACAUUCUGACGAUCACUCGACCUCCUCGUCUCAAUGUUCCGAUUCUUCAGAAGAAUAUAGCGAUAAUGAAACAGAAAGUCAAUCAAUGCAUCGCCAAAAUAGCACAAACUCUUCUCGAAAUUCCCCAACAAAUAUUCAAAGAAGUUAUUACAAUAACAACAACAACAACAACAAGAGUCAUACGUAUUCAAACCAAAUGAGUGGUAAUCAGUUUCGCAGUUCUAAUAAUAAUAAUAAUAAACCACAAAAUUUUCAACAAAACCGAAAUCACAAUACAUAUCCUCACAAUAGAUAUCCUAAUAGUAAUAGAAUUUUAAGUCAAAACACGCGGAAAAAGUUUUCAAGUAAUCGAAAGGACGCCAAUUAAUAAUUGAUUGUCAAUUGAGUUUUAGUCUAAUUUUUUUAAUUAUUCCAUUAUUACAAGCAAUAUAUUGCUUUAAUUCAAAAUUUCUGUAUAUAUAAACUAUAUAUAUAUACUGUA